AUGAUUGUGCAGUUCAGCAUACAUUCAUCCUCUCCCUGUCUCUUCCAGAUGGCUGUUUGGUGGUGCGUUCUGUUUCCCCUGUUCUUCCUCACCCUGAGCUGUGUGUACCCAUGUUGUGCUUCCACUCCAGGCCUACUCCAGGCCUACUCAUACUCCCUCAAAUCCACCAGGUGCACCCACGCCCGGGUUCAGCAGCUGCUCAUGAGAUAUAAAGAGGAGCUGUUGGAUGACAAGCAGUUUGAGGACAGAGAUCUGGAGUUACAGACCAUACCAUCACUCUCUACAGACUUCUACCACUGGCUUCAGAUGAAGGACUGGGAGCGUCUGAGUGCUGCCUCUCAAGACCUGCACACUUUCUGGGCUCACCUGGAUAUGAAGAGAAAGGAGAUGGAGGUGGAUAAGGUGGAACAGAGAGCAGCCCACUGGAUGGGGACAAGGGGGAAGGCUAAAACCACCAUACCCCAGGGUAUACACCGCAUUCAGACAGACCUGCGGGAUCUCAUGACAAAAGUCAACUUUCAGUUGAGGUGUGUGAACAGUUCCAGUGUGAGCCCCACCUCUCCCCCAACCCUGACCCGUGCAGUGAGCCCUUCCUCCAGCCACCAGGCCCUAUCAAAGUCCCUGUGGACCAGCCGCCUGGAGGGCUACGUCAUCCUCAGGGACCUGGAGCGCUACCUCACCAAGCUGGCCAGAGACUUCAUCCUCUUGAAGACCAAACACAGUGGUCCUCCAAGUGCCCAGCCCAGUGGCAGAUAA